UUUUUUUUUUCAUUGAACUGUGGGAGUUCUUCAUAAUACUCUGGAUAUAAAUCCUUUAUCAUCCAUAUUAUUUGCAAACAUUCUUUCCCUUUAUUUGCAAAUAUUCUUGCCCUUUCAGUCUGCUGAUUGUGUUCUUUGAUGCCCAGGCGACUUUAAGUUUGAUGUAGUCCCAUUUGUCUAUUUCUGCUUUUGUUACUUGUUCUUUUGGUGUCAUGUGUGAGAAAUCAUUGCCAAGUCCAAUGUCAUGAAGUUUUCCCCCUGCGUUUGCUUCUAGGAGCUACAGCGUUAGGUCCUACAUGUAGGUCUUUAAUCCUCUUGUUUAGUUUUAUCCUGCCCUGUAUUCUUCUCACCGGUUCUCCUCCUUUCCAGUUGCUGACUUUCUGGGUCUCCUCCCUUCUUUCCAGCUUUCCUCUUACUUCUUUACACUGGGGCCACCUCUCCUCUAUCUUGUGCCCUCCCCCUCCCCCAAAUCCUCCCCAUGUUCUGCUGUCCUUUCCCCAAGCUUACAGUACCUUCCCCCUCCCAGCCCAUCUUAAACCUUCCUCCUGGCUCCGCAUCUCUGAGCUGUCCCCUCCUUCCUGCCUCUGACCUUAUUCAUUUCCUCUUCUUUCUUCCAGACUCCCGACCAGAACCCUGACCAUGGAACCCUGAAGUGGCUCUGACUUCCUGAGCUCAGUGGCAGACCUCCCCACCCCAGGCCCUUCCUGCCCCUCCCACCACCAGCUUUUAGGCUCCCAGAGGGAGGGGUGGGGAGGGGGUCCUGAUCUCACAGGGCGGGGGGUAUCCAUCAUGAUGCUCAACUCAGACACCAUGGAGCUGGACCUGCCUCUCACCCACUCUGAGACCGAGUCCGGCUUCAGCGACUGUGGGGGCGGGGCGGGCCCUGACGGGGCGGGGCCCGGGGGGCCGAGAGGGGACCCGGCCCGGGGCCUGGAACCUGGAGAGCCGGGCCGGAAAGACCUGCAGCACUUGAGCCGCGAGGAGCGCCGGCGCCGGCGGCGCGCCACAGCCAAGUACCGCACGGCCCAUGCCACGCGGGAGCGGAUCCGUGUGGAAGCCUUCAACUUGGCCUUCGCCGAGCUGCGCAAGCUGCUGCCCACGCUGCCCCCGGACAAGAAGCUUUCCAAGAUUGAGAUCCUGCGCCUGGCUAUCUGCUACAUCUCCUACCUGAACCACGUGCUGGACGUGUGAACGCGGCCUGCCUCCCCGCUGGGUUCACCCGUCUCCCCGGGCCUCGCUGUGGUCCCUUCUCACCCGCUCACUGCUUAGAACGGCCUCUCCUUCCUGAGCCCCUGUACCUCGGCAUGGCAUGUACCCACAGGCCCUGGGCCCAGGCAGAGUGCCCACUGGUGGGUCAUGAAAGCGACUUUCUUUGACUCACCCAGGCACCCAGAGGGCUCCUUUCAUUGGUACCUUCCACGGUUAGUGGUUGGGGCCCAGCUGGUUAGAAAAGUUUGCUGGGGUGGCGGGUAUAGUCUUGGCGUCUCCCCCUUGGCUCGCUCAUGGGCUGCUGCCUCUUCUACUCCUAGUCCCAAAUUUUCAGAGACUUCCCUGCCCCUUCCCCAGACCCCAACUCUGCCUCCCACCCUCUUUCUACCCCGUUCCAGCUUCUCCUGCCCAUAGUAGGGAGGGGGCAUGAGAACAGGAAGGGGGAAGGCUGGGAUUAGAGUGGGGUGGGCAUUUUCUUAAGCAUCUCAGUCUAGCCCUGGGAGGCAGGGGCUCGGGGAGUUAACUCCUCUGAGGGGCAUCUCAGUAGCUGGGAACUGUGGGAAAACUCCCUGUUUUCUAUGUCUCUCCUGAGGCUUAGCAUAUACAAACCUCGGUUCUUACUUGGUAGUGAGUGCCUUGCCCUCUCUGAGCUAUUUGGCCCUCUCCCUUCCCCUUCCACCCAACCAUCCCGAUUUGCUUCUUCCUUGUGUGCAGCUAGAAGAAGGGAAACCUAGAUCUUGGGGUAGGGGAGCAUGUCCCCAGACUCAGCCCAGAGUAUCUGCAAAAGGGCCCGGCAGUGGGUGGGCUGGAUCUCAUGUCUGCUUCCUCCUCCCCCGCCCACCACAAAGAUGUGAGAAGCCCACACUGAUUUCUCUGUCGGGUGCAGGGGUUAUGCCCCAUUAUUGCCCUCUGGGAAAGCUCAGCUCUUCUGCCCCAUGACUUGUUUAUUGUAUUGUUUUCUCUUUCCUUAAGCUGCCUUUAGCAGGGGAGAGACCCCUACCCCACCCCCACCUUGAGGCCUUCUUGUCCCCGCCCUCCCCCCAGGUUGCUGAGCCCACCUGCUCACUAGCUGGGGUCAGUGAUGGAAUGAAGGGCCAGAGAACCUGUGUAGAAGAGAUGCGAUCUCACACUCCCCAUGUUCCACCUCCCUCACACCAAACUCCUAGCUCUACAAGGAUGUUAUUUAUUUACGUAUUUAUUUAUUCAUCUAUUUAUUUACUUAUUUAUUUAUAAAUAUUGCUAUUUAUUGCCGAGUCGUGCACUUUGGGGUAGAGUGAGGAGGCUCCUGGCAGCCCUCGCCUGGCCUCUCUUACUUCCUCCCUGGUUAUUCCCUUCCCUUUCUUGUUCCUUCUGCAACUCCAGGUGUGUGGGGGAUCCCUUUCCCUCACCACACCCAUAUCCCCUCCUAGGACCCAUCUGUCCUGAUACCCUAAUCCUUGGGAUGAUACCCCCUUUACCUUUCCAGCACUCCUGGAUCCUUCUUCAGCUUCCUUCAUCCCCAGACAAUCCCACCCCAGUCCUGCCUGCUUCUUUUCUCUUUCUAACCUUCCCCUAGGAUCCUCACUUCUUCCUAAGAACCUCUCCCCAACAGUGGGCCCUCAGGGGUCUGUGUCCCAUGUGUGAGUCCCUCCUGUUGAAAUUCUGAUUUCAUAUACAAGGAGAAAUUAAAGUGACCUCAUUC